UAAUGAGGAAUUAGGAGAGGGAAGGAGAUGGAUGCCAGGGAGCCCAACGACACCGGCAACGCCGGCAACACCGUUGUCUGCUAGAAAAGAGAAUGUGUGGAGGAGUGUGUUCAACCCGGGGAGCAACCUAGCCACAAAAGGCAUCGGAGCUGAGCUCUUCGACAAGCCCCAACCCAACACCCCUACUGUUUAUGACUGGCUUUACAGCGAUGACACCCGGAGCAAGCACCGUUGAUCUUCAGGACUCGUGAAACUGUGAAGUGCCCCUGAAGCUGA